AUGUCAUCGGACACCGAGAGCACGGUCUGCGACCCGCGGUUAGAGGUCGCACCCGAGCCGCAAGUCCCCAAGGGGCCGGGCCAGAUAAGGCGCGUGCCCCAGCUGUUCACAGCAACAGCACGGCCGCGCAGCCCGCUGCACUCGUCGCUCGUGCGUCAGGCGCGGCCGCGGCGCUCUCGCUUCUGCUGA